AUGAAAAGUUUAUUGGAAGAUAUUUCUAAAGAAAAUUUUGCGCCGAGAUUUGCAACAUUUGAAUUUAGAUUAAAAUACGAAUUAUAUGGUGUUGAAUCAGCAUUAGAUAUAGGAAAGAAUUCUAUGAUACAAGCAGCAAGAUAUGAUAGAGAAGUUGCCCAAAUUUUGGCAACAGAACUCAAACAACCGUUAGAAAAUAUGAAAACUUUUUUGUCAUUUGUUAAUAUUGAUCAUCAUAUUCCUUGGGCAAGAGAAUGCGCAAAACAGCUGCCUGUUUCGGAAUGGAUAUUGCAAGAAGGUGAUUUAAUUCUUUUGGAUGCAAUUGCGGAAUGUGAUGAUAUGGAAAUUAAACAAAAAGUUAAUGAAGCAAAACAAAUAGUUGAAAAUUUGAAUUCUAAUGAUGAAAAAGUGACAGAAAUGGUUCCUUUCAAAUUUGAAAAAGUAGAAUUUGAUGAAUCAAAAGAGAAAAUAAGUGAAAUGGUUUCUUAUCUUUGGUUUAAUGGUCAGAAAAUGUCAAAAGAAAAAGAAAGUGAAAUGAUCGAUUUACUUUACAAAACCGACGACGAUAAGUUGUUACUUGGCUGCUUAAUUUAUUCCGAAUUAAAUGGAAUUAAUUUGGAUUAUAAAUUAUUGGCAAAUAGAAUUCAUGCAAAAAGUGACAUUCAAAUUGCAAUUUCUUAUGUUUAUUUCAAAAAUCAAAAGAGUGAUUGGGAAAAUCUACCUGACUAUCUAAAGGAAAUUGUUGAUAGAGUGUUAAGUGAAGUGAAUGUAAAGAAAAGUGACAUUUAUGAGCAAAUUUACAUUAAUAAUAAUUUGUUAAUAAGAAAAAUGUUAUUAACUAUGUUGGAAAUGGACUCUAAUCUUAAAGAAAAACUUAAAAAUCAAACCGUUGACACAUUUGACUUCACUUCUGUCAAACAGAUAAAAAUCGGUUUGUCACAGAUAUUCUCUAAGCUAGAGAAUGACGAUAUCUGUAUAAAUAACCGAAAUUUGCCAACAGUUUAUAAUUGGCCAAGUGAAUUUUUACUUUACGGAAGAGAAAAGAAACAUUUCACUUCACCUCAUCUUCCAGAACCAGACAAAAAGUGGAUUUUUGCUGCAGCAGAUAAUAAUGAUUCUUUGACAUAUUAUCUAAAGUUUGUUGAUCCUUCUGCCAAAGAUAUCCAGAGAUUUGAUCCGGAAUGGAAAUAUCUUUUCCCUUGUUUAUGUUUUAAUUCAACAAAAAGUGAAUUUGAUGAAGAAAAUUUGACAGCUUUAUAUUACUUUUUGCCACCUUCUUUCAGCAGAGCAUUCUACAGAUCAAUAUUCAGUAGAUGUACAAAUAUGUUACCUCAAAAAUUAUUCGACCAAUUAUUGACGGUUUUGCCACAAGUUCCUCCUAUGACAAUUCCGAAGAAUUCUUCUUUUCUUUUGAAAAGUGACAAUUUAUUUAAUGACAAAAUAUCUGUAAUUGACAUUUGCAACAGUGGUGAUUAUCAUGAUGUUUCCAAAUUGCAAGAAUUGGCAAAUAAUGGAGAUAUUGAUGCGUUGUUAGUUCUUUCAAAUAUUCCUCGAACUGAAUUGAUGCAAAGAUUGGAUUUAAGUGAUUCAAUCAUUGCUGUGAGUGAAUCCGCUCGUUCUGCAUUGGAAUAUUCUCUGAAAAGAGGUGUUCAUUAUUCAUUGAUGUACGUUGAAAUGAUUAAGACAAUUAAGAUUCUUUCCAUGGCAGAAAUUGUCGCAAUUGUCUGCAACAAAAGGUUUUUGAUGGCUUGCGACAGUGAUAGUAGUUUCAUCGCUGCUUUAGCUGUGUUUAGAAGAAUAGAGAAAGAAGCAAAAGGAACUGAUUAUGAACCAAUGUUCCAGUGCUACAGAGAAAUGUCAUCUAUUUUGUUUAAGAAUGAAAAAUAUCAAAAAUGGUUCUCACAAACAAAAUUAGAAGUAAGUGAUCCAAUUUAA